GGAAGGAAGGAAGGAAGGAAGGAAGGAAGGAAGGAGGCAAAAGAGGCCGCUGGUUGGCUCAGUCAGAAGAGUAUGUGACUCUUGAUCUCAGGGUCAUGAGUUUGAGCCCCAGGUUCAUUGUAGAGAUUACUUAAACAAAACUUACAACAACAACAGCCAAGAAACAAACUUGCCCAAGCAACAGCUAUUUGGGGGAGAAUCCUUCCAGGCAAUCUGGGUUUCUAGCGAGCAUAGAACACAUUUCCUUUAACUGCCUUCUGUUGAAGGACAGGUCUCAACUCCAUGUUUUACUGUUGCAAACAGUGCAGGGAUGCUUCUUGCUCCCAUCAGCGGGCGCUGGAAGAAAGUCCAUUUUCCAAGGUAGGAUGAAGUUUCUUUGGACUCCACAUAAAACAGCUUUAAUGUGCUCGUUACCUAAUUCGUGUGGUCAUCUCUGAGUUGCUACCGCCUGCUGAGGUGCCUGUGCCCCCGCAGAUGCUCAGGAAUGACGGUUGGCUGACUCCAUGAGGAAGGGCAUGGAUUCAGACUUCUGCAAGAUGAGCGGCUACUUGUGACCAAAAUGUGUCUGGGGACUUGGGAGGACUGCUGAGGUAGGCAGAUGGAGAUCUGAAGGGAAGAGAAAGUACAGGUGUGUUUGGCACUUGGCGGAGGAAGUUGAUGUGUCCUCUCGCCCAAUAAUCCGCCUUCUGUAACGAGGGGUGGCUUUGGGCAGGCUGCCGUCACAGUGUGAAAAGCAGGAGACAGCCGUGAGGAGCAGGAGGGUGUGGAAUUGACUGACUGCUUCCUGACUGGUCACCUCACCUCUUCUCUGACCUUCCAUUUUUUCAUCAAAUAAUAAGCAAAUAGGUGGUUACGGGUGUCAACUUCCCAGAGUACUUGUGAAGAGUAGGGGCCAUUUUCUCCCAGAGCCUGGCACAUAACAUGUGUUCAGUUAAACACUUACUGAUGGAGAGGCUUGAGGAAUUCCUGAACCUGGCCCUCCUUAACCAACAGACUCGGGAAAAUGCUCGUUUUCAGAAAAACUAAGACCUGUCAAGUCUUCGUAGGUUCAUAAGCAGAGCCAUAAAGUGAGUAGACUUUUAUUCUGUUUCGGAAGCCAGGGAAAACAAACUGUUAGUACAGUGGACUCUUAAAUAUUGAAGAGCCAUAGCCUGGUGCCCAAUUUGGGGUACAGGGUAGAUAUUAAUUAAUACUUCAUAUUUGUCCCAGAUUUUUCAAAAUCUGAAAGUGGAGAUUUCUUUAUCCAGCUUCCAACUAUCUUAUAUCUUGCAACUUAUCCUUUUCCUUGUUUCUACAGGAAUGACUUCAUUAAAAAGAAAACUACUUAGAACUUAGGUGAAUAUUGGUAUUAUUAAUUUAAAACAGCAAGCAGUUACUGUGUGUUAAGGUUGGCACCAAGAACUUUGUAUGUAAAAGCACGUUUCAUUUUAAUAGCACUAUGAGCCAGGAUUAUAAUUAGCCCCAUUUAACAGAUGAGAAAACUGAGGCACAGCUUGCCCAAAGCCAAACUGCUAGUAAGUAUCGGAGCCAAGAUCUGAUCUCCAGGACCUGCUCCGACCCAUUAAAUUUUGUGGUUUUCUUACUACAGUUAACAAAAUAAAUUGUAUCAGUAAAACAAUGGAGUCUUAAAGUAACAAGCUUUUACUCUAUUUGGGAAUAACAUAAUAAAAUCUCCCAAUUUUCGGUGUUCAGUGUGGUGAAUUUUGGUAAAUGUAUAUGUUACUACCACCACAAUCAAGACAAAGAACAGUUUUUGCACUCUGCAUGUAAGUUCCCUUGCCCCUUUGCCCUUGAUAACCUCUCCCUCCACCCCUGGCCCCAGGCAACCAAGAUCUGCUUUCCGCCAGAGUUCCAGGCACGGGAUUUUAUUCAGGCUGCCUAGCAAGCCUCUGUGGGGUCAGCAGGGCACUCGUCAUCAUUAAUCAAUCCUGUUGUGUAGAUCGUCGAGUAAGGUUGCCAGAUUUAGCAAAUAAAAACACAGGCUCCCCAGCUAAAUGUGAAUUUCAGGUAAGCAACAAAGAAGUUUUGGGUCGAAGUAGUUCCGUGCAGUAUUUGGGACAUACUUACGUGGGCGUCCUGUGUUUUGUCUGGCAACCCGAAGUCGGAGACAGAACGUUUGGGGGACGUCUCUCAGGCACCACUCAGCUAGAUUUUGUUCUUCUUAUUCCACUGAAGAUGUGAGAUGGCUCGGAAUUCUUAAUCUGAUUUAAUACAAAAAUACUAUAAGCAGGAAACAAAACAAGGCCCCAUCUGUGUGUGGGUUUGGUAUUUUUCCCAGGAAGUUCUGCAUCCUGGUAGAACAGAAAUUUCACCUUAUAGAAUUAACUGAUUCAUUCGUUCAUUUAUUCUAAGCUCCCAUUAGAUGCCAUGCACUCACUGUGGUACAUUCAGGGCAGACGGCGCUUCAGCACGUGGGAUUUUUGGCUUUAGGUAUUGGAUUUCUGUUUUGUAUAUUGGAUAACUUUGGGAUUGAGGAGAGGCACCCGCCCAGGUGAGGUGGCCCCUGCUCUUUCUCCGCCAAGUUGCGUGCAGGCUAACGCAUAGAAGACUGAACUUGGCUGUGCUUUCGAGAUGUCGGUUGUGAAUGGUGCCCUCUGAAGUCAUUGCAUGCAGGCUCGUCCCUCACUGAGGCGGAUCUUUGGAAAUUCCCUGCCACCCUUUCCGCCAAAGUACUAUCUCGCAAUGACCGCAUCCAUGGCUGAUGAGAGAAGGGAGCAGUUGGAACAGUAUUUGCAGAAGGUAACCAUGGACCCAAACAUGUUGAGAAGUGACGUCUUCAUGGACUUUUUAAAACUCGUACAGCUGGACACAUUUAGCAUCACGAUCAAGACAGCGGCUCUGGAUAUAUUUCUGCCUGAUGGAAGGAAUAUUCAAAUCGAAAUUCUAACAUCAGAUACUGCUGAAAGAGUUCUAGAGGUGGUGUCACACAAAAUUGGACUGUGUCAGGAGCUCUUGGGCUACUUUGGCCUCUUUCUCAUUCGGUUUCGCAAAGAGGGCAAGCUCUCUGUCAUGAAAAAACUGGCGGACUUUGAACUCCCUUAUGUGAGUCUCAGAAGUGCUGGAAUGGAAAACUGCAAGGUUGGACUCCGGAAGUGGUACAUGGACCCAUCCCUCGACUCCAUGCUGAUGGACUGCACAGCAGCCGUAGAUUUGAUCCAUAUGCAGGCACUACAGGACAUUGAACAAGAAUGGGCCAAACCCACACAGGCGCAGAGGCAGAAAUUAGAGGCUCUCCAGAAAGAAGACAACCAAACAAAGUUUUUGGAGCUGUCCCAAGAGGUACGGCACUAUGGAUACCUGCAGCUGGAUCCCUGUACCUGUGACUACCCGGAACCGGGCUGUGGGGCCGUCCUUUCUGUCGGCAAUGAUGAGAUCAGCUGCUGCAUAACCCUGCCUGAUAACCAGACCCAGGAAAUCAUCUUCCAGAUGAGCAGAGUGAAGUGCUGGAAGGUCACUUUCCUCGGAACUCUGCUGGAUGUGGAUGGACCUCAGCGAACUCUCAACCAGAACUUAGAGCUCAGAUUUCAGUAUAGUGAAGACAGUCGUUGGCAAUGGUUUGUUAUUUACACCAAACAGGCUUUUUUGCUGAGUAGCUGCUUGAAAAAGAUGAUCUCAGAAAAGACGGUAAAGCUAGCUGCAGAGAAUCCAGAAAUGCAGAUUGAAGUUCCAGAACAAGGCAAAAGUAAAAAAUGCCACAUUCAACAAAGCCAGAAAGACUCUUCUCGUUUUCCACCAAGGAAAAGCAAGAUUGAGAUAGCCAAAGCUGACUGUGUUUUUGGGACCAUAAAGGAAGAAGAUCUUUGAUGAGAAACUCUCACUUUUAAAAAUGUCCUUUAGGGGCUGUCUCGACAGUGAAAGAGCUCAGGAAUUGAAAGUGGGCUUCCUAGCAUGAGUGGAAGAAGUUAAACUCCUUCCCAUUUUCUUCUGACGUUAAGAUGGGCAGUGUUGACCAAGAGUACUUCAGAACUCUGUUAAUCUCAAGAUUAAAGAGAACUAUGAACCACAGUUAUAUAGUUUGAUUUAAGGACUCAUAAAUGACAAACAACAAUCCAAAGCAAUUAGUAUGUCAUUUGUUCUUUUCUCCCCGCCCCAGAAGAGAUGUGUGCCUGGCUUGACGAAGUCUUCAAUCUGUUCUGAUAUUACACGAAUGAAAGGCUCGGCAUAAAACACUCUAAAUGUAUUGGGGGUUAGGUUCUGAAGGCAUGACUCAACACCUAAGGAAAAUGUGGCUCUAAGAAAUGGAAUCAUUGAAAAAGAAAUCUGGAUGGACUUCACUGAUCUGUCCACAGCACCAGGGCAAGGAAGUGAUGAAAUACUUGUUUCCUUACAUAAGUCUGAGUCCACCAAUAGCGAUGUACUCAAAGGGAUAGGCUGCCCAGUUCUCUGUCUCUGAUGUAACUGUAUUCUGUCUUUAGAAUAUGGAAUUCAGUUCAGUAAGCAUCACACUACUUUGAAUCUUUUUAAUUUUGGAAAGCAAUGGGGCCCUGCACUCACUAUCGGAUACUGUGUUAUGUCUCUUAGCUUUAAGACUAUGGAUACUUUUUAGUUUUUUCCUUAUCUGGUUUCAGUUUAUCAUGAUAAUAAAUGUGAUUACAUAUGGAAUUAAGACUGCAAUUAGGGAGAGAGACAGAAGAAUUUAUGUAAUGUAAUUAGAUAAAGUGCAAUAUUCUAAUGUUCUUUUCUAACUGGAUUGUGUAACUAUGUAAUAAAUAUGAAAUAUAUUCUAGUGAAUAUAAAAUUUA